GUCACCUCUAAUCGGAUUAGGCGACUGUAGGUUAACAUGCAGCUCCCUCUCUCCGCCCUAGGUGGGACGUCCCUGUGUGCCUGCACUUGUAGUCCGUUUUUCCCUUUUUUUCGCUGUAGCAACACUUUUUGAAAGUACCCAAAUUGUAUCUGUCUCCGGGUACCCUCGAGCCGGAUAACUCAUAACGAAAACACAACGUGGUUUCGUUUUGAGGACGCACUCCGUACUUGCUUACUUCGCAGGACUUUUUAUGGCUCACAAAUCUCCAAACUGAGAAGUGGGGUAAUUUUUUUAAUUAGAAUGAGGAAACGAAUCAAGUGUUUUAUGUGAUUUGGGCUCUCGAAGGCGAUUUCACGGACUUUCCUCGCGCGUUAGUUUAGUUGUUGUCGUGGAGAGACAGCCAGUCUGGAUGCUCGUGCGCCCUUUGCCAAGCUGCGCUCCACCCCGCGGACGGUGCCCUAGGCUCGGGGCUUAGAUGGUGCUGAUCACGGACGACAGGGAUGGAGGAGGCGCCUCGUCGGUCCGAGUCAGACAGCUCCAGCUCCAGCAGCAGCAGCAAAAAGUCGGGGGAGACAUCCGCCAAGUUCACCCGACCAUAACUGAGGAGCCUCUGUCCCACUAUGUGGACGAGGACUCCCUGGGCUCGUGUGAGGAGGACACUGAGGAUGGAAGCGAGGACGACCAUGACGAGUUCGAAGAAGUUGACUUUGAGGACCUGGAUGAUUGUCGGAGCAUCGCGUCGGACGACUCCUUCUAUCCACCGGAUGAUGUGUUCGCGGACUCGGAGCGCUCCCCGUCUCCGGACAGCCCGGAGCCGCUGUCUUUUUUCCAGGCGUGCUGCACCAACAACGCGGCCAUAGUCCGGAUAAUGAUCCGGCAUGGUGUGAAGGAGGAGGAGGUCAAGGAGACUGACAGGAAUAACAGGAUAGGACUACUGGUUGCGUGCUACCAAGGUUACGUGGAUGUCGUCAUAGCGCUGUCUCAGUGUCCGUACCUAGAUGUCAACUGGCAGGACAGCGAGGGAAACACGGCUCUGAUCACUGCUGCGCAAGCAGGCCACAUAACAAUCACCAACUAUCUGCUGAACUACUACUCUGGGUUGGAUAUAGAGAGAAGAAACUGUCACGGCUUCACCGCCCUAAUGAAAGCCGCCAUGCAGGGCAGGGUGGAGUGCGUGCGCUCGCUCAUGUUGGCAGGAGCUGCCCUGAAUGCAAAAGACUUUGGCCGCCAACUGACUGCCAGGGACUGGGCCUUGUUUACAGGCCGUUAUGAAACUGCAUGGGUGAUGACGCGCUUAAUAGAACGGCCUUGUCCACACCAGUACUGUGAUACAUACAGUCUAGAGUGGCGCCCGCUGGCAUCACUGGUGGCCAAAUCCCAGGAGCCACGCGGCUGUUUGAAACGCUUGUCGGACACCAUGCGCAACAUCUUCAACAUCGCAAAUGUCACCAACCCGGAGGACGAAGGCGCCAUCGACCACAUGGUUUCUAUUACGACUGGCAUUAGGAGCCCUUUCAUCGCUGUGGCAUGCCGCACAGUGUGUCCUGACAGUCCUCCGGGUGUGGGCAAACGGCGCUAUGCGGUCCCAGAGAUCAUUCGCCAGCAGCGCGCCAAGGAGCUUCGCUCCAUCAACCCUGACAGGGUGGACAGCCAUCUCAGACUCUUUGAGAACUCCCGUGUGACUCUGGUGACCAAGAACUCAGCAGGUCGCCGGGCCAGCCUUCAGGCUCAGAGCCUGGUGCCUCGGCACAGGAGCUCCAGCUUGGGUUUGGUGUCUUAUAACCAAGCCAUGGAGCUACGGAGAACAAGCUUGUUGCCCAUGCACAUGGUGCUGAGGAGGAGCAGUGUGAGGCCAGGCUUCACCAUACCCAAGGUGAGAGUGUCCAAGGCCCCACCGUCCACUUAUGAGCCGGCACAGGUUCGGAGGAAGAGCAGCUCCAAAGAUGGUGGGGGGAACUUUCUGCAGGUUCCAAAGUGGCGAUACAAGGAGCUAAAGGAAGAAAGGAAAAAAGCAGAGGAAGCAGAGAGAAAGAGGCUGGAGGCUGCAACGAGGAGACAUAUUGCUACUGGGAAAAAGAAAUAAUAUCAUUACCUCAGAGGAUAUCGUGUGAACUAAACCCCCCACCCCCCUCCAAACAACAAAAAAACAUACGGGCCAAGGUGUCCGACAGAUCUGGCGUUUAUGGUUUUCAGCUUUACACAGUUAGGUGCACAGGGUGAGCUCAGAAUUACCAGCAAUGUUUGGAUGCUGACCGACCUCUUUAAAAACGGCUGUCUCUAUAGCGACAGCGUUAGAAGUGCACAACGCUGACGUCAAACAGCGAAUACCCAGGGGAUUUGAUACUUGAAAUGUUUUUAAGCUAAUUUAUUUUUCAUAUUUAUUGCUUUUUAAUGGAUGGCCGGGCCUAUAUUUUCUUAUGCCUUGGGUGCUCAUUACGCCGGUGUUUUUGUAGUACGUUGCACUGUGUUGAAGCAGAAGACAAUAACACACACUCUGAAACUGAAACCUACUGCAGAAAAAAAUGUGUUAAUUAAAAGCAGUUUAUUAAAAAAUAUAUCUUUUAAGUCAUUCGGCGAGGAGUAAUAAUGAUCUCGUCAUUACUGGCUGAGAAAGCAAAGCAAGAUUUGUAAUGAAUCUCGUGACGUCUGCCUGACAAUAUUUUAGAUGCUUUCUUCUUUUGCUUUACAGUGACAAACCCUGAAUGUAUUUAACGUAUAUAUUUUAUAUGUAGAGAGAGAAAUUUAAAUGCUUUUGAUGACAUUUUUCAAUUAAGGGUGAAGACUGAAAUGUAUAGCUUUUGAAUCUGACAGGUUGGGAAGAAAUUUUUAGAUUACUUCCUGCGCAUUUACCCUUCAUAACCCAAUUAACCCUUUAAAGCCAAGUGUAUCAUGCUUAUUAUAUCAUGUUUAUCAGUGCGAUAUCCAUUUAUCCUUUCCAGGGUUGCUGGAGCCUAU